CAGUUUAAUUUGAAAAAUGAGCACUCGUGAAAAAUGUCCUAUAAUAGUGAUGUGAUUAACUGAAAGCUAUUUUUAUAGUAGGAGGUGUUAUGUCAAGAAAUGCACUCUAGGUGUCAGUAUGAGCUCAUAAACAGAAACUGUUGAAACUCCCUCAUGAAUGUCGACACACAACUCGGAUUUUCAUUGUGUCGCUCUGUUUGAGACGCGUGAAAUGACGACGCUGUAGAAAGCUGUGGAUAUUACAGCGAUUGUUUUUUGUUUCGCUCUUGCAAAGGAGACUUCAGUUGAUUUUCUGUGCAAUGGAGAGCAAAGGCUUUGGGAUUUUCGGGUACGGUCUUUUUUUUCUUGUCCUUUUCCUCCGCACCAUCCAUGGAGACGUGAGCUACUCUAUCCCAGAGGAGAUGAAACGUGGAUCUGUAAUCGGGAAUAUCGCCAAGGAUUUGGGACUUGAUUUGAGCCAGUUAUCUGCUCGCAAGGCACGCAUAGAUCCUGAGAAUGACAACACACAGCUCUGUGGCAUCAACCUAAACACGGGUGACUUGCUUGUUCAGGAAAGGAUCGACAGAGAGGGACUUUGUGGUAAAAAGGCUUUGUGCGUCUUAAAACAAGAGCUUGUACUGGAAAACCCAAUCCAGCUGCAUCGUAUUAGUAUUCGUGUUGUCGACAUUAAUGAUAAUGCUCCACAGUUUAAUGAAGACUCUCUAAAAAUAGAAAUUCAGGAAUCGGCUGACAAGGGAGAGCGUUUUCUUGUCAGAGAAGCACACGAUGGAGAUAUUGGAGAAAAUGCUGUUCAAAGCUACACUUUGCAGCAAAAUGAUCAAUUUAAAUUACAUGUAAACACUAAAUCAGGUGGACGAAAGUAUUGUGAAUUGGUAUUAGACAAAGAAUUAGACAGAGAAGAUAAAAAGGACAUCAUGCUUUUGCUGACCGCCUAUGAUGGCGGCUCUCCUCAGAGAUCCGGCACUGUACUCAUCCAGGUCACUGCGUUGGAUGCGAAUGAUAAUGUACCAGUGUUUAGUCAGCCUGUCUAUAAAGCCAGUCUGCCUGAAAACUCUCCUCUUGACACUUUGGUGAUCACAGUGAGCGCAAGUGAUGCAGAUGAAGGAAUAAAUAGCGAAAUCUCAUAUGCGAUUGACCAUGCUUCUGAUGAUAAUAUUAAUGUAUUUUCAUUACAUCCCAAAACUGGAGAA